CGAAACCCGAGACCCGAGACCCGAGACCCGAGACACGGGCGCGAGUGGCCACGGCCAUGGACGUGUACAGCACGGCGGCCAGCGCGCUGGACAAGCUGGUGACCCGCCGCCUGCAGCCGGACGCCGACUUCUUGGGGACCGCGCGGCGCGCCCUGGGCGCCCUGGACGCUGCCCUCCGGGAGCGCGGGAGCCGCGGGGGCGCGCAGCCCACGCCGCGGGUGCUGAAGACGGCCAAGGGCGGUUCCUAUGGUCGAGGCACAGCCCUCAGGGGUGGCUGUGAUUCAGAACUUGUCUUCUUCCUCGAUUGCUUCAAGAGCUACGAGGACCAGAGGACACAUGGUGCACAGAUCCUUCAUGAGAUGAGGCCACUGCUGGACGCCUGGUGGCAGGACCCAGUCCCCGGACUGAGCCUUCAGUUUCCAGAGCAAACCAUGACUGGGGGCCUGCAGUUCCGCCUGGCAUCCGUAGACCUUGAACACUGGAUGGAUGUCAACCUGGUGCCUGCCUUUGAUGCCCUGGGACAGCUCAGCUCUGGGGACAAACCCAAGCCCCAGGUCUACUCAUCCUUGAUCCGCAGCGGCUCCCGGGGGGGCGAGCACGCCGCCUGCUUCACAGAGCUCCGGAGGAACUUCGUCAACAGCCGCCCGGCCAAACUCAAGAACCUCAUCCUGCUGGUCAAGCACUGGUACAGUCAGGUGCACCCCCAGGAGGCCGGGAGAGGGACGCUGCUCCCAGUCUAUGCUCUGGAGCUUCUGACCAUCUUCGCCUGGGAGCAGGGCUGUGGGGAGGACGCCUUCAGCCUGGCCCAAGGCCUCCAAUCCGUCCUGGGCUUGAUCCAGCAGUAUCAGAACCUGUGUGUGUUCUGGACCGUCAACUAUGGCUUUGAGGAUCCUGAAGUCGGGACAUUCUUGCGGACACAGCUUGAGAGACCCAGGCCUAUAAUCCUGGACCCCGCCGACCCCACGUGGGAUGUGGGCAAUGGGGCUACUUGGCACUGGGAUGUGCUGGCCCGGGAGGCCAAGUCCAGCUAUGACCAACUGUGCUUCCUGCAGGCGGGGGACCCUGUGCAGCCCUGGAAGAGGCUGGCCCUUCCACACCCCAUCCAGCGAGACCCUGACCAGGGGGGCUCUGGAAACAGCAAGAGCCUCAGUGCCGUGAGUCCAAAAGCUGGAGGCAAGCAGCUCUCACGGCUCUGCUCAGAAGCAGCCAGCAUUAUCCCCUCGGUGCCUGACCAGGGACCCUCUGAGUGCAGCAAGAGCCUCGAGCCUGGGUGUCCAGGGGCGAGGAGCAAGCAGCACUCAUGCUCACCUACCAGGCCUGUGGCCACAGCCAACAUCACCCCAUCUGUCCCACGGAUUGCCUCGGAUCUGUCUCAGGUCCCCACCAAAGAGCUGGACCGCUUCAUCCAGAACCACCUGAAGCCGAGUCCCCAGUUCCAGGAGCAGGUGAAGGCCAUCGACAGUGUCGUGCGCUGCCUCAGAGAGAGCUGUGUGCACAAGCCCUCGAGGGUUAGCAAGGGGGGCUCGUUUGGCCGCGGCACGGACCUUAGGGGCAGCUGUGACUUGGAAAUCGUUGUCUUCUUCAGCUGCCUCACAGACUUCCAGGACCAGGAGCCUCGUGCAGACAUCCUCCGUGAUGUGCAGGCCCAGCUGGAAUCCUGGGGGCGGGACCCAGUCCCUGGUCUGAGCCUGAGGUUUCCUGAGCAGAACGGGCACCAGGCUUUGCAAUUCCAGCUGCUGUCCACAGAACCAGAAAGCAGGAUGGAUGUCAGCCUGGUGCCAGCCUUUGAUGCCAUGGGUGAGGGGCACCAUGCCUGUGCCUUUGGGUGUAUUGGCACCACAGGGGACCAGGAAGCAUUAAACAAGGUCUCUCCCAUCCUCCUCAGGGUCCUAAUUCUCCUGUGA